CAAAGAAUGAAUAUGAUUGGUUUUCCCAGUCGUCAUGAACCAAUCAAGUGUUGGUAAUUUAAAGCCCGGCAAUAAACAAAUUCGGCAGUCGACGUUCGAUUCAUUCAGAGUUCGGGAAGAAGUCUACAAGAGUUAAUAUUUUUGCUGCAAGUCACACUGUUCCAGUAUUCUCGUCAAAGACGUACACGGCAAUGAAAUCUCAACGUAUCUCUCUUACUUCAAACCAGAAAAAUGCGAAGGAAAGCAUCGCUUGCAAGGGGAAUACGACAAAUUCAAGAAUCAUGGCUUCUGAUCGAAGAAAGUCUAACGAAAAUGCGAAAAGACAGGCUGAAGAAUCCCCGAACAACGCUCCCACGAGAAAGCGAUCUGCUUUAGGAGAUAUGACAAAUGCUUCAAAGCUAGAAACUAACGUAAGAAAAUCAAAGUCAAAAUGUACCGUGAAAUCCAAUGCAGAAAAGAAUGCUAUUCGCCAGCCUUCGACAUACCAGACGCGCAGAAGGUCAAAAGAAGCCGGUUUUGUGGCGAAGAAAAACGCUGAAAAUCAAGAGAAAUCCGUACGUGCUUCACAACUGGAAAAGACAAGCAAAACUUCAGAACCUGCCUUUACUGAAGAGGAUGUGAAAGAUAUAGUUUUUACUGAAGAACCCCAAACAGAAAUUAUUAGUAUUCCUAGUGUUAAAACCCUUGAAUUGGAUGUUGUAUUACAAGCAAAACAUGAAGUUGAGAAACCAGUUUACAAUGAUAUAGAUGAAGAUACUUCAGAUGAAUUUGCAAUGGCUGAGUAUGCGAAUGAAAUCUUCAAAAAUAUGAAAAAGCAAGAGGAAGUGUAUGUUCUCACAGCGUAUAUGUCCACACAACCAAAGAUCAAUGCCAAUAUGAGAGCCAUCUUGGUUGACUGGCUAGUUGAAGUUCAGGAAAAUUUUGAACUUUACCAUGAAACAUUAUACCUUGCUGUGAAAAUAGUGGAUCAUUAUCUAGAGAAAAAUAAUAUUGAAAGGGAAGAACUUCAGUUACUUGGGGCUACAGCUGUUUUCCUUGCUUGCAAGAUCGAGGAGAGACAUCCGCCAUACCUUGAUGACUUUCUGUUUAUUUGCGACGAUGCUUACAAGAAAUCUGAUCUUCUGAAAAUGGAAAUAAAAGUUUUCGCUUCUCUGGGCUAUUGUUUAGCUAUUCCUAUUCCUUAUCGAUUUUUGCGAAGAUUUGCCAAGGCUGCAGAUGCUAACAUGGAAACGUUAACAUUGGCUCGCUAUAUCCUCGAGACAUCCUUAUUAGAAUACGACUUUGUCCCCGUUAGAGCUUCGAAGAUGGCUGCUGCUUGCCUUUGCUUAGCUAUGGCCAUGAAAGAUAUGAACGAGUGGACAUCUACUUUGAUUUAUUAUACAGGCUACACUCGAGACGAUCUAUCCGAACUAGUGGCGAAACUUAACCUUCUUAUCUCAGUUCAGCCCAAGAGAAAUCUGAAAACAGUUCAUUCGAAGUAUUCCCACCCAGUUUUCUUUCAAGUAGCUGAUACUCCUGUCCUUGACGUGCUAGCUAUGUAAAAUGCAUUAUAAAGAACAGUUUAUAUACAUAUAUAUAUAUACUCGGUCUUUUAAAAUUUGUACAGACGAUUUUAAUUUAUCUAUAGUUUAAAUAGUCCCGCAGUUGUAAAUAAAAGUUUGAAAACUAUAUGCACAUAUAUACUAUAAUUAAAAGUAAUUAGAACGUACGUUGGCAACAUUUUAGUCCAAUAAUAAAUUUUAAUAGAUUAAA